AGUAACCUAAACGUUAGACCAGGGCCAUUGGCGUUAGGGUAAGAACAGAAAUAUAUUAGCACAGAACCAAAAUGUAUGUGCUUAUUAAAUGGGUAAAAGAAAACCAAGUGAGUGUGGGCUUAGACAAAUAUGUUAAGGAUAAAAAAAUGUUAAAAGACCCCAAGAGGAUUGGCCUGGUGGAACAUGGGGCGCUUGGAGUAAAGCCACCUAAAUCUGGCUGGAAAGCUUUUCUGGCACAGAUACUCAGUGUGAAAGAGAGCCUUGGUGCAAUAAGAAGGGAAGAGUGUCAGUGGAUAGAGACACACAAAAUGUGGACUCCAUCAAAGCCAAAGGCUACAAAAGACACUGAGGAAAAUAGUCACUCUGAUGAUGAGGAUGAGACUCCUCAAUACCAGAAGAUAGAGGAUGAUCCAUGCAGGACUCCAAAACGGCCAAAGACAGACGACAAGGAUGACAUGAUAGAGGAGCUCAAACUAAGAGUAAAAGACAAGGAAAAGGAGAUCAGGCGGUUGAGAAGAUUGAAUCUUCAACUGCAAGAAGGGCUGGCAGAUACUAUCACACAAACUGUCAAAGAUGCUAUACAGGCCACUAAGCCUGUACCCAGCCACCAAGCCCCUCUUCCUAACCAAUCAGCAGAGAUAAAGGUUAUUGUGUCCCUCCUCCUACCUACAUCCUACCUACAUUACAUCAAAUGGAAACACUGCUGCAGUAAACAACAAGCCUGUCACUAGGAACUUGAAGAGAACUUGAGAAUGAGUCUGUCACUGCCUUAAUGAAU